UUUCAAGUUAUGGCCCACAAUGCUGCUGCACAGGUCCGCCUCUCUCUCUCUCUCUCUCUCUCUCUCUCUCUCUCUCUCCGAAUAAAACCGACGCUUUCCGCGAAUGUGCGAGCUGCCUCCUUGCAAGCAGCCAUAAUUGGGAUUAUUCAGGAAUAAUUCGCCUAAUCCAGCCGUGUUGUUUUUGUUUUUGUUUUUUUGUUUUUUUGUUUUGUUUUUAAAUCGUGAUUUCGACAGCGUUCGCAAUGUGGAUUUCCUCGUGACAUCGCUGGAUUUGCCCAAAAAGAAAAUGUAUUUGUUCUCUCGUGGUGGAGGCUUUUAUUGUGGACUAUUAAGAUGUAGUCCACCUUCGCUGGACAGCAAAACAAAGACUGCAUAUUAACAGUUCAGGGUGGCGUGCUUGUGGACAAAGAGGAAAGAUGAGUCUGUCAUGUAGAAAAGAUCCUUACGGCCUCUCCUUGUAAAGACGAGAGAGCCGUAGGAGACGACGGCUGUAGGAGGAUCAGUAGUGUUUAUAAAGGGCCGAACCAGGCAGGCUCCUGUGGAAGGUGAUAGAAUGGCUAACCAGAGCUUUGCCAUCGAUGGCCCUGGCAGUUUGCUGGCUGUGCUGGCUUCACAGAGCGGACUGGCAAGAGGCGGCAGCAGCAGCAGCAGCAGCAGCAGUGACGGCAGCAGCAACAGUGGAGGAGUCUCUGCCACAGAUAUGUCUGCCUACUUUAAGCUGGUCUUCUUGGGUCUGAUCAUCUGUGUCAGCCUCGUAGGCAACCUCUUGGUCUCCCUGCUGGUCCUACGAGACAGGACACUUCACAAGGCUCCCUACUUCUUUCUCCUGGACUUGUGCCUGGCCGAUGCAGUUCGCUCAGCUGCCUGCUUCCCUUUCGUGCUGGUUUCCGUCCACAACAGCUCGGCCUGGACUUACAGUGCCUUGAGCUGUAAAGUUGUGGCUUUUAUGGCCGUGCUGUUUUGUUUUCAUGCUGCCUUCAUGCUGUUUUGCGUGGCUGUCACCCGCUACCUUGCCAUCGCCCACCACCGAUUCUACGCCAAGCGCAUGACCAUCUGGACCUGCGCCGCCAUCAUUUGCAUGGUGUGGACUCUGGCUGUUGCCAUGGCAUUCCCACCUGUCUUUGAUGUUGGGACAUACAAGUUUAUCCGUGAUGAGGAUCAGUGCAUUUUUGAACACCGCUACCUGAAGACCAACGACACCCUGGGCUUCAUGCUCAUGCUGGCCGUGGUGGUCCUGGCUACCCACGGUUUCUAUGCCAAGCUGCUGCUGUUUGAGUACAGGCACCGCAAGAUGAAACCCGUCCAGCUGGUGCCAGCCAUCAGCCAGAACUGGACCUUCCACGGUCCUGGGGCCACGGGUCAAGCCGCAGCCAACUGGAUUGCAGGUUUCGGUCGUGGUCCCAUGCCACCCACUCUGUUGGGCAUCAGGCAAAAUCUACACAAUCAACACCGGCGGCUGCUCGGGAUGGAAGAGGUGAGGUCAGAAAGGAGGCUGGGCAGGAUGUUCUACACCAUCACCCUGCUCUUCCUGGUCCUCUGGGCUCCCUACAUCGUGGCGUGCUUCUGGAGGGUGUUCGUCAAGUCCUGCACCAUCCCUCACAGGUACCUCUCCAUCACAGUGUGGAUGAGCUUCGCCCAGGCUGGAGUCAACCCCAUCUUCUGUCUCCUGCUCAACGAGGACCUGAGGAAAGUGCUGAGAGCUCACCUGCCCACCUACUGGAGGACUAAACAACACCUGCCCCAGGACGAGGCCUACUGCAUUAUGUGAUAAGAUGUGAGCUCAACGAAGAGAAUGUUUCAGGUUUUAAAGGGAAAUGUGGAGAAAAAGAAGUGAUGUAAUGCACCUUGGUUUAAGUGUCAGUGUCUGUUUUGUUGUUUUGCACAACAAAAUCAAAAUUUCGCCAACAAAUGCAGGCACAGUGCCAUUUUAUGAAGAAUGUUAAUAUUUAAAUUAAUGUGUCAGGUGCACAGGUUUGAACCGGACAAAAGAAAAAGCCCUGGUAACACUUUCAUGGUUUGUAUUUUCUGAUGUACUGUAUGAUUAAUACGUAGGAAAGAUCACAACAAUCACCACUCCAACUAAGUGUGACAGAUGCCAUUUUAAAUUGAUGUUGCCUUAUUUCAGAGGGACACGCCCCAGAGUUUUCAACCGAGAAUUAGUCUCUGUGUCACACGAGGCACAAAAACAGACACGCAAACGGUUGAAAUCCUUGAAGAAAAUGUGCCGUGGACUGUGAAUAGAAGGUGUUGAUCAGAGCGUUACUAACUCUGAAACACAUCAAGGAACUCAAAGGGUCUGAAUGGAUUGAUAGACCAACCUGGACACCUUUUCAUGUAAUUCAAAGGAGACUGCAGAACACUGAAUGGACCCAAUAACCUUGGAUACAUUUAAAUAGCUGUUGUGAACCCAAGAAGCCCCUAACAUGCUUGAUUUUUUGGACUUGAUUUAGGGCGUGUCAGGUUUCUUUGUAUCAUAAAAAAAUUGCCUGUUUUCCUUUAUUUGUAAACAAUACAUGUUAAGCAGAUGACACUAUUUUGAAAUAUGACUUGAUUUGAUAUUGUAUAGACUGUACAGGAAUGUAUAUUCCUGCUUGUGUGUUUUUAUAUAGCAUUUGUGUGUAUGUGUGUGUGAGAGGAAGAGGUAGAAAGAGAGGUGAAGAGGAGGGAGGGAGAAAGAAAGAGAGCGGGACAUAAUGAUGAUGAUAGAAUAGGUUCCAGUAAUACUGAGUCAAUAUGAAAGCAGCCUCAUCUUGUGGUCUCAAAAUCAUGCAAAAUUGAACAGUCAUCAUAUGGAAAUUUUUCCUUUAAAUGGAUUUCCAUAACUGAAAAUGAAGUCUUAUUUUUAAUGGUAAUGGUUCAAGCAAAUGGGAAAUACAGAUGGAUAAUGAAAAAGGGGGCCGAAUAAUUAGAAAACAACACUUGUACAUUGCAAACAGGCCAUGGGAUUUAAUGACUUGAAUGAUGAUGUAAAUUAUGAUGUUUUUUUUAAAAAAAAUCAUUAGCAAAUGAACAUUUAUUUGCAAAUGAUGAUCUUGGGAAUGUCUUUAAAGUACUGUUAUGCUCUCACGAGAAUAUGAAAAAAAAGAAGAAGAAGAAAUGAAGUGGCACUUAAUGUGAAGGAAAUUUGAAUGUUACCAGGCCCUCUUAUAUUUCCCCUUAACGUAAAUGUCACCAUUUGAGUGUCUGGAUCACAGUACAUUUUAAAAUCAAAACGUAUUCAGGCUGGGUACGACCCCAGAGAUGUAUGAUGUAUGGAAAACCGGCUUAGACUACAUUAAGCUGUCUCUCCAAAUUAAGAUUCAUGUAAUGCAAAUGUCUGACCUACAGUAUGUUAGGCAUAGAUAUAUUUGUGCAGUCAAUUUUCUAAAUGUGGACACUUGCACAGCAUACUGUAUUAGCAUGCAUUCCACUGCAUUUCAUAGAUUCAAGACUGGGGAUUACAACUUGUACAGAUGUUGAUGUGGAAAGACAAAGUGAAAAGUGAACUGAGGUCCAUAAUUUUUAAGUCUGGCAUUCCUUCGCGAAGAUGAUAUCCUGUAACUGUACAGUUUAACUGAGGUGGUUCUUUUGCCCACUCAUCAAUAAAGACUCUACUUUUGAUGCAUUCUGA